AUGAAAGACUUCGUGUACAACGUCCAGACGAACCGAGUCAUCUUUGGCUCCGGCAGUAUCACAAAACUCCCCGCCGAGAUCAAGCGCCUCAACAUCUCCCGACCGCUCCUCCUCUGCACACCAGGUAAACGCCACCUCGCCGACCAAUUAUCCGCUAUCAUCGAAGAUGCUUCUCUCGAAGUUGCUGGCACGUUCGCCCACGCCACAGCGCACACUCCAAUAUCUGUAACGGAACAAGCAACUGCCUUCCUUGGACCUGUAUCAGCAGACUGUGUUGUUUCUAUCGGUGGAGGAUCGGUGGUUGGACUGGGAAAAGCCAUCUCCAUUCGUUCAGGCGUGCCUCACAUCAGCAUUCCAACGACCUAUUCGGGCUCUGAAAUGACUCCCAUUCUCGGCGAGACGCAAGAUGAGAUUAAAACUACUCGAUCUGACCCUAAGAUCCUGCCUGCUGUUGUUAUCUACGAUGUGGACCUCACCUUGACACUACCGCCUGUUAUCUGCAGUACAUCUGGAAUCAACGCAAUAGCGCACGCAGUGGAAGCACUAUACGCCCAGAAUACUAACCCCAUCACUUCGAUACUAGCCCUUGAGGGAAUAAAGUCAUUGGCUGAAGCUUUACCCCAGAUCGUCGAACUCCCAGACUCCAACGCCCCUCGAGAGCAGGCUCUAUAUGGCGCUUGGCUUUGCGGCACAGUCUUAGGCAACUCAUCAAUGGGACUUCAUCACAAGAUCUGCCAUACGCUCGGUGGAUCAUUCGGGCUUCCUCACGCUGAGACGCACACCGUCAUGCUUCCGUAUUCCUUGUCUUACAAUGCGCCCUGUAUCUCUGACCAAAUGGCCAAACUAGCCGCGGUCCUCCCUGGAAGCGACGGGGAUGCGCUGAAAGGAUUGAAGUUACUUCUGGAGAAACUGCCAGUACCCCGCGGAUUGAAGGAGUUGGGAAUGAAAGAAAGUGAUAUUGAGAAGGCAGCUCAGAUCGCCACAAGCAACCAAUAUCCCAAUCCACGCCCUUUAGAAAUCAAAUGGAUUUCGGAAAUGCUACGGAGAGCUUGGGCUGGGGACGCUGCUGCGGCAACCUUACAGUGA